UAUUUCUAGAAAUCUUCCAGGUCAAUUACGCUAGCAAGCUAAGGCACAAUCUAACCUUUUUAACUAUUUGAAUUUAAUGUCUCAGUUUGAGAGUAUAUACGGUAAAAUGUCAUGCGCGUAUGAUAUUUUAUUUAUAUUUAGCUUUAUUCAGAAAAUUAAUUUGUGACCUUGCUGCAACCGGUUGCAAUGCGACACAGCAGUGACAGGUCGCUGACUGGUUAGCUUAAGUUACUGGGCGCUCUACGUUUGACGUGCGGCUAAAUCGCUGCUUUUCACACACACAAAAAAACAAACACUUCUUGCUAAUUUAACCAACGAAAUAUUCGGGAAGAUGUUCGCAGUGAGAUCGAUUGCUUCCAAAUCUUACUUCUCUUUAAUAAAACCUAAAGCACUGAGCGUGGGUUUACUACACAACAGUGCCAAUUGUUCCGCCGCCAAAGUAGCAGUUGUGCUGUCGGGGUGCGGAGUCUACGAUGGUACAGAAAUCCACGAAGCCUCCGCGAUUCUGGUGCACCUGAGCAGGGGUGGGGCAGAUGUGCUGAUGUAUGCGCCUAACAUUUGCCAGAUGCAUGUCAUUGACCACAGCAAGGGACAGCCUGUUGAGAAGGAGUCAAGGAAUGUGCUGGCUGAGUCUGCCCGUAUUGCGCGAGGGAACAUUGCCGACCUCGCUCAGCUCAACGCCAGCAACCAUGACGCUGUCAUAUUCCCUGGGGGAUUUGGGGCUGCCAAAAACUUGUCCACAUUUGCAGUGGACGGUAAGGACUGCAAGGUGAGCCAUGAUGUGGCGCGUGUCCUGAAGGACUUCCACCAGGCAGGCAAGCCCAUCGGGUUGUGCUGCAUCUCCCCAGUGCUGGCAGCCAAGGUCCUGCCAGGGGUGGAAGUGACGGUGGGCCAUGAGGAGGAGGACGGGGGAAAGUGGCCGUACGCUGGCACCGCCCAGGCCAUCACUGCUCUGGGGGCCAAACACUGUGUGAAAGAAGUCACCCGGCUUACGAGGCGCACGUUGACCAGAAGAACAAAGUGGUGACAUCGCCGGCCUUCAUGUGCGAGACGAAGCUGCACCUGAUCUUCGACGGGAUCGGCGCCCUGGUGAAGGACGUGCUGAAGCUGUGUGGGAAGUGAGCUGGCACGAGGCCAGGGGCCGCGCUGCACACGCCGACUCCCCCGGUCCUGCCCUCGUGUUCGGCCCAUGUGGCUUCCCUCUCUUUUUCUUCACGAUUUGUCUUCAUGUGUCUGUUUUACAAGUUCAGAUUGUGCUGGUAUUUGAAAAUUCAGAGCUCAUCAAAUCAUUACAUUUUAGGCAAUGUAAAUAAAAUCAAGCAAUGGCUUUCUUAUUGCAGAGAAUGUGUGACAGGAAAAUAAAUUGGUGCUGUAAAUGCUGUGUAAACCACACAUCUGUUGUACACGAAAAAUAUGGAGAUGUUUUUUUUAGACAAAAACAUUUUGGCAAUAACGUUUAAUGAUGGAUGUUUCCAGUGCUGCAGUUUUCCAUAAUGUACAGCAGGUGGUGAUAUCAAUCUUUUUGUAAAGUACAAUGGACACUAAGCUUAAUGAUGGCAGUGGUGGGUUUGAUUAUAUGCCUCAUGAUGAGUAAUUAAAGAUCCCAGCAGAUCUUAUUAGUUAUAAGAUAUAGACCUAAACCCUGAUGGGAUUCUUAAACCCAUGGUGUGCUGACCUGUUUGUUGCCAGGUUGGAAAUGAAAUGCCUGGGAAUGUGGUUAGGAUUCAGUCAAUGUUUGUCUUUAGCUUUAACUAACAGAACAAAAGAGCAAGAAUUUGUUGAAUUUGAGUUUGUGAGGAAAACACUCAUUUACUUGUAAGUUGCAGUUAAGAAAAAAUCUUGAUUGAAUUCAUGCCCUUAUGUAUUCUGUUCUGUAGGCAUUCUCAUACAUGAUGUAAAGUCAACCUGUGUGAUCUGCCUAUAUAAUAAAAUGAUCAAAUGGCUAAAA